AUGGCUGCAGAUAACAUAUCCCCUGUGACAGAGUUUAUCCUCGCAGGCUUAACAGACCAGCCAGAACUCCAGAUCCCCCUCUUCUUCCUGUUUCUAAGUUUCUACAUGGUCACUGUGGUGGGGAACCUGGGGUUGAUAACCUUGAUUAGACUGAAUUCUCACCUUCAUAUUCCCAUGUACUUUUCCCUCUUCAAUUUGUCCUUCAUGGAUUUUAGUUACUCCACUACCCUCACUCCUAAAAUGCUGAUGGGUUUUGUCUCAAAGAAGAACAUCUUCUCCUAUGGGUGUAUGACUCAGUUUUUUUUCUUCUGUUUCUUUGUAUUUUCUGGAUCCUACAUCCUGUCAGCGAUGGCAUAUGACCGCUAUGUCGCCUUCUGUAAACCACUGGUGUACAUGGUCACCAUGUCUCCUCAGGUUUAUUUCUUUUGUGGGGGGGGGGAGGUCUGUGGGAUGGGAGUGUUUGGGGCUGUGGCCCAUAUAGGAAACAUAAUGUUUAUGACCUUCUGUGCUGACAACCUUGUCAAUCACUUUAUGUGUGACAUCAUUCCCCUCCUUGAGCUCUCCUGCAACAGCUCUUACAUAAAUUUACUGGUGGUCUUUAUUGUUGUGACCAUUGGCAUUGGGGUGCCCAUUGUUGCCAUUUUUAUCUCUUACGGUUUUAUUCUUUCUAGGAUUCUCCAUAUUAACUCUACGGAGGGUCGAUCCAAAGCCUUUAGUACCUGCAGUUCCCAUAUAAUUGUGGUUUCUCUUUUCUUUGGGUUAGGAGCUUUUAUGUACCUCAAACCACCUUCUAUUUUACCCCUUGGCCAUGGGAAAGUGUCCUCCGUAUUCUUUACUGCUGUUGUGCCCCUGUUCAACCCAUUAAUCUAUAGCCUGAGGGAUAAGGAUGUCAAAGUUGCCCUGAAGAAAACCUUGAGCAGAAAAAUCUUCUCUUGA